AGAGCCGUCUCCGUUACUUCUCUCCUCUCUCCACGCGCCAACCUGACAUUCCUCCACACGUCUCAACCAUUGGCUUCAUUUAUCUCUCUCACUCUCUUUCCACUGCUCGCUUUACUGUUACACUGUAUUCGUGCCUCUCACACUCACACACGCUCUCUCAUUCUCUCACUCUCCAUCCCCUGCGCUCAUACCUCUGGACUGGUGUGUCUUCCUCUCCUGCAUGGACGUCUCCUCUGAGUAAACACAUGGUGGUGAAAGAGCAGGCUUUCACCACCAUGAACACCAUCAACACCACUGUCUCCAUCAGCACCAUCACUACCACUAUAAUCAGCACCAGCUUUACCUGCAGCUGUUUCAGCCUUCAGAGAAGAAUAGAGCGAGAGAGAGCGAGAGUAUGUGUGUGAAACAGAGCAAGUGAGGGAGAGCUCCACGCUGUGUGAAGCUGCUCAGCCAGCUCUGUCCUCAAGCUGUCCUGUGCAGUGCUGUCUAAGGGGAUCCUCUGGAAAAGGGACUGCACAACGCUUCUACAGCUCUCUGACGAUGUGAUUGUGGAUACAGCAGCUCUGUCUGCAAGGAGACACAGUCUCUCCAUCGCAUGGUGGACAGACCCAAGAGAAACUGUCAACUAAGAACAAAGGAAAACAUCCUUUAUGAACAUCAACUUUGGGAUACCAUGAAUGUGUCUGCAGAGGCGCCUGGGAACUGGAACUGAUGUGGAUGGGACUGAGGGUGUAGCAGACAGAGUGGGACCGUCCCACUCACAUCUCCCAUGCUGCCCUCCCUGUGAUUGGCGAGACUGCUGGGUGGAGACAGUAGUGUCCCACAGUGGAACCUACCCAGAGUGUGUGUGUGUGAGGAGACCCAGGUGCCAGACUGAGCCCUGAGAUGUCACCCAGGACCAGGUGUGGAUGUGUGUCUGCUUGUGAACUGGCUCUGAUUCUCUUCCUGCUCCUGGGAGGACCAGAGGUCAGCCUGCAGGGCAGGGCGCCAGGCAGACACAGGAACAAGGGAGGAUCUCGUCUUCGUCAGGAUGACUCCCCUCCCCGGAUAGUGGAGCACCCCUCUGACCUCAUUGUGUCCAAGGGGGAGCCAGCCACCCUCAACUGCAAGGCGGAGGGGCGUCCUGCCCCCACGGUGGAGUGGUACAAGGACGGGGAGCGUGUGGAGACGGACCGGGACAACCCCCGUUCCCACCGCAUGCUGCUGCCCAGCGGCUCCCUCUUCUUCCUACGUAUCGUCCACGGCCGACGCAGCAAGCCAGACGACGGCAGCUACGUGUGUGUGGCCCGUAACUACCUGGGGGAGGCAGUGAGCAGAAACGCAUCAUUAGAAGUAGCAUUGUUGCGUGAUGACUUCAGACAGAACCCCCAGGACAUGGUGGUGGCAGUGGGGGAGCCUGCCACCCUGGAGUGCCAGCCUCCUCGUGGGCACCCUGAGCCCACCACCUUCUGGAGAAAAGACAAGGCCCGUCUGGACCUCAAAGGUGAUAGGGUCACGGUACGCGGAGGGAAGUUGACCAUCUCCAACACCAGGAAGAGUGAUGCAGGGAUGUAUGUGUGUGUGGCCACCAACAUGGUGGGGGAGAGAGACAGUGAGACGGCUCAGCUCUCUGUGUUCGAGAGACCCACGUUUGUCCGUCGGCCGGUGAACCAGGUGGUCCUGGUGGAGGAGAGUGCGGAACUCAGGUGUCAGGUACAGGGAGACCCACCUCCCUCAUUACGCUGGAGGAAGGACGACGUGGAUAUACCCCGUGGCAGGUAUGACAUCCGAUAUGAGAAGGAGGAUUUCCUCCUGAGAAUCAAGAAGGCGUCGGCUGGGGACCAGGGGACCUUCACCUGCGUGGCCGAGAACCGUGUGGGCAAAGUGGAGGCCUCGGCUACUCUCACUGUCAGGGCUCGUCCUGUUGAGGCUCCCCAGUUUGUGGUGCGACCCCGGGACCAGAUCGUGGCUCAGGGGCGCACAGCCACCUUCCCCUGUGAGACCAAGGGCAACCCCCAACCCACUGUGUUCUGGCAACGAGAGGGCAGCCAGGAUCUGCUGUUCCCAAGCCAGCCAGCCCAGGGAGACAGCCGUGUGUCAGUGUCUGUCAGUGGAGAGCUGACCAUCUCCUGUGUACAGCGCUCUGAUGCAGGCUACUACACCUGCCAGGCCCUCACUGUGGCCGGCAGCAUCCUGGCCAAGGCUCAGCUGGAGGUGGCAGACGCAUCGAAAGACCGACCCCCGCCUAUCAUCCGGCAGGGCCCAUCCAACCAGACGCAGGCUGUGGGGGGUGUGGCCCUGCUGAGGUGCCAGGCGUCAGGGGACCCGGAGCCCACCGUCACCUGGCUGAAGGACGGCCUCAGUCUGCUGGGGAAGGAUCCUCGCAUGGCCCUGCUGGAACCUGGCAGCCUGCAGAUCCAGAGCACUAGGCUGUCUGACUCUGGGCUGUACACCUGUGUUGCCACCAGCUCAAGUGGGGAGACCUCAUGGAGUGCCUUCCUGGAUGUUAGAGAGUCCAGUGACCUCACAGACUCUAUGUCCCACAAUGCCAGUGCCCUCCCAGGGCCUCCGUCUAAGCCAGAGGUCACUGAUGUCACCAAGAGCAGUGUCUCGUUGUCAUGGGAACCUGGGCCUGAGGAGGGCUCACCGGUCACUUCCUACGUCAUCGAGGCCUUUGGUCAGCUGGUCAGCAACAGCUGGCAGACUGUGGCUGACCACGUGAAGACCACACAGUUCACGGUCAAAGACCUGCGACCGAACACAGUCUACCUGUUCCUCAUCAGAGCGGUCAACGCCCAGGGUCUCGGAGACCCCAGCCCCAUGUCUGAGCCUGUCCGCACACAAGACAUCAGUCCUCCAGUGCAGGGUGUUGACCAUCGUCGUGUCCAGAAGGAGCUGGGUGAUGUAGUGGCCAGCAUGCAUAACCCUGUGGUCAUCAGCUCUACCUCUGUCCAGGUCACAUGGACCGUGGAGAACCCUUCCCAGUUUAUCCAGGGCUAUCGUGUUCUGUACAGGCAGACGUCAGGCCUGCCCUCCCCUGGGGCCUGGCAGGUGCAGGACCUCAAGGUUCCGUCUGAGAGAGACGUGGCGCUGUCUGCCCUGAAGAAGGGUGUUGUCUAUGAGAUAAAAGUCCGUCCGUACUUCAACGAGUUCCAGGGAGCAGACAGUGAAUCAAUGACAGCACGCACCUUGGAGGAAGCGCCCAGCGCUCCUCCUCAGCAGGUGACAGUGCUGACAGUGGGGAACCAUAACAGCACCUCCAUCAGCGUGUCCUGGGACCCCCCUCCCGCAGAGCACCAGAACGGCAUCAUCCAGGAGUACAAGAUCUGGUGCCUGGCGAACGAGACACGUUUCCAUGUGAAUAAGACGGUGGAUGCGGCCAUCCGUUCCGUGGUGGUGGCGGGUCUGCAGGCGGGGGUGCAGUACCGUGUGGAGGUGGCGGCAGGCACCAGCACCGGAGUGGGGGUGAAGAGCGAGCCCCAGCCCAUCGUCAUAGGUGCAGAGCUGCGUGAUGUGAUCACGGGGGCGGAGGGCAACAACAGCAUCUCAGACGUGGUGAAACAGCCGGCCUUCAUCGCUGGGCUAGGAGGGGCCUGCUGGAUCGUCCUCAUGGGCUUCAGCGCCUGGCUCUACUGGAGAAGGAAGAAGAGGAAGGGCCUCAGCAACUAUGCAGUUCAGUCCUUCACCUUUACCCGUGCAGUGACGUUUCAACGAGACAGAGGACUGAUUGAAAAUGGAAGUCGUCCUGGUCUACUGAAAGCCGGUGACCCAGGAUUCCCCUGGUUGGCUGACUCCUGGCCCUCCACCAGCCUGCCGGCCAAUGGGGGCCUGGGAGGUCCCAAGGACCGGGGUAACUUUGGUCGUGGAGAUGUGCUACCCUCCGGAGUGGGUGAGAAGACGGGUACCAUGCUGUCUGACGGCGCCAUCUACAGCAGCAUAGACUUCACAGGCAAAGCUGGUUACGGCAGCCCAGCACGGGGCUUACAGGCCACACCCUACGCCACCACCCAGAUCCUGCAGUCCAACAGCUUCCAUGAGCUGGCUGUGGACAGACCAGACCCUCGCUGGAAGGCUUCCCUUCGAGCCCAGCAGGAGAUGGCAAACCUGGGCUACUCACUGACCGAUGGACGCCCCUGUAACGGGGGAAAGGGCGGCAAGAAAAAGAAGUCGAAGGGUGGGUCGAAGACCUCCAAAUCCAAUGGGUCCUGUUGGGUCAACAUGCCCCUGCCUCCCCCACCCAUGCACCCUCUGCCAGGCACCGAGGUGGACCACUACCCCCUAGAGAACCAUGGAGGAGGGUAUGACAGUGACAGCUGGGCCCCGCCCCUUCCUGUCCAGACUUACCUUCACCAGGGAUUGGACGACGAUCUAGAGGAGGAGCGAGUGCCCACCCCGCCCCUCAGGGGAGUGGCCUCUUCCCCGGCAGCAGCUACCUACAGCCAACCGUCAUCCUCCUCCCUAAGCUCCACCCACCACGAGGAGAUGCAGUCCAUGCUGCAGGCCCACCUGGAUGAGCUGACCAGAGCCUACCAGUAUGAAGUGGCCAAACAGACAUGGCAAAUGAAGGGCAGCCCACACCCGCCCAAGGCCCCUGUCCCUCCAAUGGGCUAUGUGUCUAGCACGCUGGGGUCUGACCUGGGGACCAACCUCCAGUGUGAGGAAGAAGAGGAGGAUGAAGGCUACGGAGUGUCACGUCAGCUCUGUGGCUUUGACUACACUGCUGGACUCAGCAUGGACAACCUGGAGGGCUCAGGUAAAGGGUACCCCCAGCGGGGUCGGCCAGGUAGCUCAGGCUCCACAGAGAGCAGUGCUCUGGGCACACAGAGCCUCGGUCACCAGAAGGCCACGCACACUGGACGCAAACCCCGGGCAGAAACUGUUGGGACGCUGCCCAGACGGAGAGACACCCCCACAGAUGCAGACUCUCCUGCCCCAGAGCAGGUCAACAGUGUGGGGGCCAGGCUGCAUGGUUCAUGGGCGGCCGGAGGCUCGGACCCCCCCUGAGGAGUGUAUGGUCUCCACGCUGGAGCGGCAGCACAUGGCCUCCUGGAGCGGCACACCCGCCAACAUGGGCACCCUGGGCAGGGCCCGUCACAGGGCUGGGGCUGGCAUUGACCACCCACACAACAGCCACAAUGGCCACCCGCCUCCC